UAUGUGAGGUGGUCAGUGUCCUAAACUGAAUCAGCUAGCUACUUCGACCAAAUAACAGUCACGCGUUUAUCUGACGGACAAUGCCUUCACUGAGAGCAGCCUAUGAAGUUGGACUUGAUUUCUUGGGAGUUUUUGCGGGAAAGAAAAUCGAAAACAGACAAAAAAGAGCUUCAGGAUAUUUACUAUUUGGAGUUUAAAAGGGAAGGAACCAGAGAGCCACAUUUUUCGAAGUUGAUUUACGCCUUAGAACAUUUCAACAAAGCCAGUAUAAGGCAUGGAAAAGUUAUCUUGCAUGCCAAACCUCAGGUGCAUGUGUACUACUGUGAUCAGUGGAGAUCUGUGUCACAGCCAAAGUCAAGCUGCGAAACUGAUAAUGGAGUCCCCAGAGCUCCAGAUCCUGACUCAGCAUCUUCUUGCUUCACUCCUCCCACUCUCAAUCCAGUCCUCACUCCAAAGAGAAGACUGGCUAAAGAAAUCCUCCAGAUGCUUAGGGUAAACAGAGCUGAUCUUAUCUCUGACAAGGGAGGCAUAGAGAUCACAUCAGUCCCUAAGAGCAACAAUGGUAAGCUUGCUUUCAACAUUGACAGAGCGUAUGUGGUGAAGUUCCUCAGCAUCAACAGUGGGCAGAGCUGCGUUCACUUCACUUUCUACAUAGCACUGCAUAGGAUGUGUUGCUUCAGUCUAGUGGAUGAAAGGAGAGUGACCAGGGUUUGCCCUUUGCUCCUCUGUCCAGAUGAGAGCUACGAGGUGGAGGUGCAUUACAGUGUUCACCAUUACGGCCACUUCCCAGCCACCAUGUACUUUGAGUUCUGUCCUGAGUCAGAGUCCCCAAGCCCAUCCAAGCCCUUUUGUAUUGUGAGGGAACUAGAGGCAGUGGUCUGGACCCAGCUGGCUAUGGAGCUGGGCCCAGAGAGCCCCUACAGACCUAGGCAGGACGGGCAGUACAGGCCUGAGGACAGAGUGCUGUAGGAGGGAGUGCUACCUGGGAGCUGUGUGGCACAUGUUCUGAAGCAGGUGGUGAAGCUAAAGGAGUACAGCUACCCUGCUUGCCUGAAGGACUUGGCCAAAUACCAGCUUGCUGACACAGAAAAGUUUUCACCUGCAGCCAAACUGCAGCUCCUCAGAGUGAGAGAUGUGUUGGGGACUCUGGAGUGUGUAAAGCAGUAUGCUGAGCGAUUCUACCUCCUCUUGCACCUAUAGGAGAUUCAGAUGGAAGUAGAUAUAAAGAAGUAUGAUCUGUAUGGACAGACCAUGACACGAGACAAGGCCAACAAAAAGCUGCUUGUGCUACAGGUGCUGGGAGUGGCAGAGAACAGGCCAUCUGUGCUGCAAGGCGACCACCUGAACGUGUGUAUGUCAGAAGACAAGGCCCAGCCUGUUACCAUGUACAAAGGUUAUGUCCAUCGCGUAGAGCUGGAAAGUGUCAAGUUAGGCUUCACUAAGAAGCUUGUACAGAGCUUCAUCUCCAAUAUGAUGUUCGAUGUGGAGUUCAGCAUAAAUCGAUUUCCUCUCCGACACCAGCAUCGAGCUGUGGAGCUGGUUACCCAGCACAGGCUGGCCAAUGUGCUGUUCCCAAGCGACAAUGGAGUCAAGCACACAGCACCACCCCCACUUAGGAUGUUCAACCAAGAUGUGGAGAGCAACCCUGAGCAGAACGCUGCUGUGCGGCACAUCCUGUGUGGCACGUCUAAGCCAGCCCCAUACCUGAUCUUCGGCCCACCUGGCACGGGCAAAACCGUCACGCUAGUAGAGGCGAUAAAACAGGUGAAUAAGUCUGUUGCUGGAGCCCAUGUCCUGGCCUGUGCUCCCUCUAACAGUGCCUGUGAUCUGCUGUGUGAAAGGUUGCUGGGAUAUGUGGAUGCUCGCUGCCUCCGUCACCUCUAUGCCAGCAGUAGAGACCAUUGCACUGUGACCAAAAACUACUGCAACUGGGAUGAAAGUCAGGAUGGCUUCAUCCUACCCUCUAAGGAAAUACUGAUGGACUACACAGUCAUUGUGGUCACACUGAUCACUGCAGGAAGGCUCAUGACUGGAGGCCAUUUCACGCAUAUCUUUAUAGAUGAGGCAGGACAAGCCAUGGAACCCGAACGCGUCGUCGCAAUCGCGCGUCUUCUCCAUCCUGAGAAAGGCCAACUGGUUUUGGCUGGAGACCCUGAGCAGCUUGGACCUGUCCUCAGAUCUCCACUGACACUGCAACAUGGCCUGGGACUGUGGCUGCUGGAGAGGCUGAUGAAGCAAAACCCACUCUAUCAGAAAAUCCAAGAUAGCUGGGGUUUUGACAGCUGCUUUGUCACCAAGCUGCUGCGUAACUACAGGUCUCACCCUGCCAUCCUUAAGGUCCCUAACGAGUUCUUCUGUGACAGUGAGCUACACGUGUUUGCAGAGCAGAUGAAACGAGAGGCCCUUUGCCAGUGGGAGUACCUUCCUAAGCGGGGCUUCCCAGUCAUAUUCCACGGAGUGAUGGGAAAGAGAGAGGUGAACAGUCCAUCCUUCUUCAAUGUAAGCGAGAUUGAGGUACUUGUCAGCUAUCUCAAUAAGAUAAUGGAAACUCAGGGAAAGAAGAGCCUUCCAAAACUCGGUGCCGAUGACAUUGGGAUCAUUGCCCCCUACAGGAAACAAGUGGAAAAAAUACAGAAGGCUCUAAAAAGAGAAUUAGACCUGUGGAAAGGCAUCAAGGUAGGCUCAGUGGAGGAGUUCCAAGGGCAGGAGAAAACAGUGAUCAUGGUAUCUACAGUCAGAAACAGCAUGAGCUAUAUUAAGUUGCAGCAAGACUUUAACAUUGGCUUCCUCACAAAUGAAAAGCUACAUGCAUUGAAUGGUUCCUUUAAGAACACUGAUUACCUGAUGCCUGUACCGUCACUGAAGUUACAGAAAAAUGUGGAAGAUCUGAGGCUUAAUGUAGCCAUGACCCGUGCAAAAGCCCUGCUCAUUGUGGUGGGAAACCCUGUCAUCCUGAACAAGAAUCCCACAUGGCCUAGGUUCAUUGGUUACUGUGAACAAGAGCAGGGCUACACUGGCUUUGAUUACAAGGAUGCUGAAAGGGAGGAGGAUGUGGUGACCCGGCUGGCAUCCCUAAAAAUCCACACUGCUGCUGAUGAAAUAGAAGAGAGUGCCCUUCAGCAGCAUGUGGAGGGUGGAGGAGUGAAGACUGACCCUCCUGUAGACCAACAUACAAUUACGCCCUCAAUCAUGUGGGCAGUGAGACACUGGGAACAGUACAAAUCCAGUGCAGGGGACAGCAUUUGUUCACUGUAGCACUUUUUCAUAGUAAACUCAGCACAAAGAAACAAGCUGGUGUUAAUCAUGCUCUUAAUACUAAAAUGACUAACAAGGCUAUACAUUUCACAUUGUGUUGAUGUUAGAAAAUGUCCAUGCUUUUAGUUUAAAAAUCUUUAAAUAUUGAAACAGUGGUACUUAUUUUCCCAUAGUUCCCUUAGUGUCCUUACAGAAUGGAUCAUUACCUCAAGAUUUCAGGAAAUGUUUUUUCAGUAUAACUGGCUUUGUAACAGCUAAAGGGAGAAGUGUAUUAUUCAACUUCCUGUUGAUUAACACUAUAUCGUAUUACAGUGGAGCUAAAGAAAGCUGGUCAAUGUUUACAUUUCGUUCAAAAGGAUUAUGGGGCCCUAUGUUAUAAAGCCUCUGUAAUGGCCCAUCAAAGAAAUGACAAUUUAUAACUUGAGGUAAAAAUAGUGAAGACUGAAUUUUAUUUUGCUGUUAUGUUCCUUACCCAACCAACACCACUGUAUUCAUUACUUUUAUCUAAUUUAAUAUUUUAUUGGUAUUGAGCAAAUAAAGGCAGUAAAAUAACUUUUAUUUAAAAAAAUUAUUCUCCAUGUUUUAGAGUUUAUCAUUCAACUUUAUGUAAUACAAUUUCUGGAAACAUGAAAACAUGCUACAAAGUCAAUUUGGUCUAAACCCCCCCCCCCCCCCCCCCCCCCAAAA